GGUCGAAGACUUUUUGUAUCUCAGCUCGGAUAUAUAGGUUUGGCUCGAUAUGAUGUGGCAGUAGGAGAUGCUAUCUGCGUAGUACAUGGUGGACAAGUUCCAUUCGUUUUGGAAAGAAAAGAGCCGUACUAUCGAUUCAAGGUGGAGUGUUAUGCUCAUGGUUUGAUGGAUGGUGAAGCUAUGGAUUACCCAAAAGUCUGGCAAGACUUUGCGUUA